UCACUGCCUCUGCACCACUACAUUUAUUGUCCUGCAUAAUAUUACUAAUAAAUUAUGAGAGUAUUCAGGUGACAUAUUAUCUGAAUACUCCCUUCAUCACUAAUUUAUUAUUACUCGUUUCAUAACGUUUAACGACAAGUGUUAUUUUUUACUUUUACGUUUAUUGCUAAAUGUAAUUAAAUUACAGAAUAACAACGUGUCUUUUCAUUAUUAUAUAUCACAUUAUAAAUAUAUCAUUAAUAGCCUAAUGUAGUUUUUCUCUAGUGUAAACAGAAGUGUUAAACGAACUGUCACUCAAAUUGAGGUCAAUAGCAGGUUCCACUGCUGCGAUCUAAAUAUUUGUCAUGGGUUUGUGUUUUCACUUUAACAAGACAAAUAUGUAAAGGUGAUUUUAUGACAUUAAAAUUAACCUAAAAAGAAAACUAUCCAGAAGUGUUGGUUUCAAUGGCAACGACCACACCAACUCACACGCCUUUAUUUUGAAAACAAACCGAUCGUUUUCCGGUUUUACCCUGUCAAUCUCCAUCUUGACACCGCGCUAGUACGUUAGCUAUGGACGGAGGAACAACACAGCAAGUGAUGUGUUUCAGCUCUAGUUAGCCGCCGACACAAUGAGAUAAGAUGGAAACUGUAACGACGGAUGCGUCUGCGGCUGAGGAGGACGAAUGUUCAGACUCAGAGGUUUUAUGUUUGAUGAGAGUCGGCAGAAAUUCAGACUGGCUCCGUCUGUUCGGAAGCACCGAGGUCACCAUUGGACGUGGUGUGGAUGUAACCUACCAGCUGUUGUCUCCAACUUGUCCCCUGAUGAUCUCCAGGCUGCACUGUACUUUCAAACAAAGAGAAGAUGGCCAGUGGACUGUGACAGACAAGAAGAGUCUCAAUGGUGUGUGGGUAAAUGGAAAUCGCAUACCUGCUGAAGAAGCCCAUCAGCUGAGGCUUGGAGAUUCCAUACAGCUUGGGGUUCCUGUAAUUGGAACCAAAGUGGAAUUUGACUAUAUCCUCGUUCAGCGGACCCUCAAAGACAUUAAACCGUUUCUGGCAAAGGGACAUAGAGACGUUGCUAAAGCAGCCCAUGUUUUCAAGAAGCCCAAGCGAAAGUUGACCGUGGAAGAAGUCGAGCCGUCUACCUCAAAGCCCAAGCUUUAUCGCUGCUCUUCGGCAGACAAGUCGUUUGCAAAGCCCUGCCCUCUGUCGCCAGUGAAACGCCAGCAGAGGCUCAGUCACAGCCAGCCAGCGGAAACUGGAACCAGCAGUGUCCAGGAGGUGGACCAGCCGUCAGAUGGCUCCAGCACUCUGUGUGACAUGGACAACCUGCAGAUGUACAGCCAGAACAUCCUGAUGCUGAAGGAGCAGGUGGACGACACCCAGAGACAGGUGGCCUCGCUGGGUGGAGAGCCUCAGAGGGCUGAUCCACUCAGAGAGGAGCAGGUCAGGGAGCUGCAGGGUCAGCUGGAGGCGCUCAGAGCCAAGAUGCACCGCAUGGAGACGUUAAAAAAGUCCUUCAGUGAAACUAAAAGACAGCUGGAGGCACAGAAAACAAAGCAACAAGAGGAUCUUAUGAAAAAACAGUUGGAAGAAGCCUUACAAGAGCAAAAGAAAGUAAUAGAUGAGCUGGCCCUUUCCCGGCAAGCCUUUGAAGAGAUUCUCUUGGCCAAAAACAAAGAACUGGAAGUGACAAAGGAGGAGAAAGAAAAGGCAAGAGCCCAAAAAGAGGAAGUAGUCACACAAGUGACUGAAGUUCUGGAAAACGAGCUUCAGUGCAUCAUCUGCUCCGAGCUCUUCAUUGAGGCAGUCAUUCUGAACUGCGCUCACAGCUUCUGCUGUCACUGCAUUAAGCAGUGGCGCAAAAAGAAAGACGAGUGUCCCAUCUGCAGACAGGCCAUUCAGUCCCAGACCCGCUGCCUGGCCCUGGACAACUGCAUCAACAGCAUGGUGGAAAAUCUGAGCCUGGACAUGAAGGCGAGGCGGCAGACGCUCAUCUCUGAGAGGAAAGAGAAGCAAGCUUGUGACCAAGAUGUCAUCUGCUCAGCAGCUGCCUCCGCUCAGGUGAUGGUGAUCGAUGAUGACGACAGCAGCAGGAGCAGCAGCAGCAGCAGCAGCGGCAGUGACAGUGACAGUGACAGUGACGGCAGCAUGGUGUCCAUAGACAGUAGUCUCAGCUCUGUGGUCUCCGUGGACACAGACAGUAGCAUCCAGUUGAACUCCAGCCCGCCCUACAGUGGUUACUCUGAUGAAAGUGUUGAUGAGUUUGAGGAUUAGCACGGGCUGCGUCACAAAGUGGACUUUUCAGUGUUGUUCAAGAUGGCGCACAAGGGUUUUUCUUUUUUUCUAAAAUGAUUGUUUGUGUUUAUUUUCAAUAAGAGGAAUAAAGUGUCUUCCUAUGCAUUA